AUGUCGGAUUAUGAAGCUCUUCUACGGUUCAAUAAAUUGCCGGUUUCGAUUGAGAUGGUGCAUUUUUUGGCAUCCACUACCGCUUCGAUCAUCCAGGUCAAGAGUUGCAGUUCUUCCGAACCCAUUCUUUCUCUUGUGGAUUUUAUAAAGGGUUUGAUAAACAAAUCUAAUGUUCAAACGCCAACUUUGAUGUCUACGGUGGUGUAUCUGACGAGACUAAGGUCUAUUAUUCCUCCAAAUGUUCAUGGCAUUGAGACAACAAGACAUAGGAUCUUUCUUGGAUGCUUGAUUCUUGCUUCUAAGAAUUUAAAUGAUUCAUCCCCAAUGAACAAGCAUUGGUGUCAGUAUACAAAUAGUCUCCUCAGUUUGCGUGAGGUAAAUACGGUAGAGCGCGAAUUACUGGAAUACUUCAACUGGGAUCUAUUGAUUACAAAUAAGGAUUUGAUUACUUGCCUCUCAUAUUUUUUGAAGCCAAUUAAGGAGUUGGUUAUAGCUGAUAAAAAGCAAGCUCAAAUCCUCUAUGAUAUACCAUUGUCGAACAAUUCCAAGGAAUUCAUCCUAAAAAAUAACAGCAUAUAUUCUAGCACUUCAAACCUCUCUAUUCCCUCCUUAGGAUCAUCUAACACUAUUUCCACGUUGUCUACAACAAGUUCGAGAAAUACACAACGCACAGCAGUAUCUACCAGUUACUGUUAUUUUAAAACGCAAUGCAUAGAGGAAGAACGCAAGCAGAAGGUGUUGCCAUUACGUGAGGCUAAUGUCAAUUCUGAAUAUGGAUCUAAAAAACGUAUUACUAGGCCCAUAAUCUUAUAUUCUAAAUUAGAAAGAAAUAAGGACAUAGAAGUUGAGAAAUAUGUCCAACGCAAGAAGCUAGCCACCAAUGUUACUUCUGGGUUAAAAAGAUCAAAUUGGGUCUCAUUUUCGAGUGAUCCUUCACGAAUAUAA